CUGGAGCUUGCUGUCGACUCCCCUUCUUUCGCCCUUGACUUUCCAACUCAGGUCUGUUCCUGAAGCAACCCGGGUCGUGGUUCUGGUCAUCUCUCUAGUUUCACCUCUCCCUCUACUCUACCGACGAGGACUGUACCCAGCAGCCCCUCCCUUCCCCUUGUCGCUGCUACCCAACGUCAUAGCGAUCCUGGGCUCCGCCAUCGUCAGAUUAUCAUCCAUUGCGCACUGUCAACAUGGCGGGGUGGUUCUCUUCAACGUCACCGAUCGAGGAUCAGGUGGAGAAGGCCACCGCAUCUUCCCUAGAGGACAUUGCGCUUAACUUAGAGAUCUCCGACCUUAUCCGAUCGAAGGGUGUCCAGCCCAAAGAUGCUAUGAGAUGCUUGAAACGCCGGUUAGAAAACAAAAACCCAAACAUACAGCUGGCGACAUUGAAGUUAACAGACACAUGCGUGAAGAAUGGCGGUACUCACUUCUUGGCGGAGAUUGCGUCGCGCGAAUUCAUGGAUAAUCUUGUUUCGCUUCUCAAGACCGAGGGUGCUCCGCUAAAUUCCGACGUGAAGGCCAAAAUGUUAGAAUUGAUUCAGGACUGGGCUAUGGCAGCCCAGGGCCGUAUGGACCUGAGCUACGUCGGCGAAACAUACAGGAGGCUGCAAGACGAAGGCUUCCGAUUUCCCCCCAAGACCCAGAUUAGCGGAAGCAUGCUGGAAAGCAGUGCGCCUCCUGAGUGGAUCGACUCCGAUGUCUGCAUGCGCUGCCGUACUCCCUUCAGCUUCAUGAACCGCAAACACCACUGUCGCAACUGCGGGAGUGUCUUCGAUGCCCAAUGUUCCAGCAAAACCCUGCCCCUACCUCAUCUCGGAAUCCUGCAGCCUGUUCGAGUGGACGAUGGCUGUUAUGCCAAGUUGACUUCCAAAGCCCUUGCGCCCAGCGGCCUUUCAGACCGAGCAUCAUUCAAGAACAACUCUAUAACCAAAUCCAGUGUGAUGGAGCCUCGUGGAGGUAGAGCUGAAGGGGGGUUCGAUGAUGAUCUGCGCCGGGCGCUACAGAUGAGCUUAGAGGAGGCGCAGAACAAAGGCUCAAGUGGUUAUGUUCCACAGAGUACGGUCCAGCAGCCACCGAGAGCACCUGCUCAACCUGCCGUAGAAGAGGAGGAGGAUGCGGAUCUGAAGGCUGCUAUCGAAGCGUCUCUGCGUGACAUGGAGGAGCACAAGCAGAAGCAUGCGGCCGCUUUGAAGAACACAUCGUCUGCAGACACACAGUCCCGCCAAACACCAAGUGCAACCCCGUUGCCAAAGAACUCCUACGAACUCAGCCCAGUCGAGGUAGAGAACAUUCAUCUUUUCGCUGCUCUGGUCGACCGACUACAACACCAGCCUCCGGGCACCAUACUCCGCGAACCUCAGAUCCAGGAACUCUACGAAAGUAUUGGCGCGCUCCGCCCCAAAUUGGCACGGAGCUAUGGGGAGACCAUGAGCAAACAUGAUACAGACACUCUCCUUGACCUACACGCCAAACUCUCGACGGUUGUCCGAUACUAUGAUCGCAUGCUUGAGGAACGGCUAUCCAGCGCUUACGCACACCACUCUCUAGGGUACAGCCCGGUCCCCGGCGGAUCGCCAUACCCCAACAUCUACCCGCCCAUGCCCGCCCAGGCGCCUGAUGGGAAGACUGGAACCGAAAGCUUCUACUAUGGGAAUCCGAUCGCCGAGAGUCACCAGGCUCCGACAGCGCCUUACCCGCAGCCUCAACCUGAAAGGGAGCUGCAUGAGAGAGUUGGGACACGUAGUGGUACCAUGAGCCCUAGUGUCUACGCGCAUCCAUCACAGCCCAUCUCACCCAGUGUACCCUGGAACGGCAGUGCUCAUGCUGUUGCCUCUCCACAACCUUCGAGUGCCAGUAUGGCUUACCCCAGCAACCCUUCGGCUUAUGCGGGGCCGGCCGGUCCGACGCAGUUCUACACCUCUCCACCACACGUGGAAUCCGAUGUCAAACCGGCGCAGCACGCCCGACCAAUGGAGCCAGACAUGCCUUAUCAGGGCUCACCGGUGAUGCAACGGGAGACACUGUAUCAACCGUCGGCACCGUCAGCCCCAGAUCUCCCGGCCGACCAAGGACCGGCUUCAGGCUACGGGCUUCAGCGGCAGCCAACGGACCCGUCUGCUGCAUUGUUUUAUGCUCCGCAGCCUCCUCAGGGGCACCCCUAUCCGGCAUACCCUCAAGGCGCGCCGGUACAUCCUGGCCAGGCUGGGGGGGAUGUCUCUCCCGUGGGGGUGACGCCGGCUCAUGCACCGUAUCAACAGCCCACGCCAUCUCGGCCACCGGUAGAAGAAAGUCUGAUUGAGCUGUAG